AUGAGGGGCGGAGUCCCAUGGGACACGAAGGCGGGGAUUGAUAGAAGGGAAUGGAAAGAAGCUGCCCCAACCUUCAGCACUUUUCAGCCGAAACAUCUAACACGGAAGAGCAGAAAAAAGAUGGCACUGCCUAAUCUGCCUCUGGCAUCAAAAGAUGAAGGGGUCCCAUCCAAUCACACCAAGAUGUCUCUCCAAGGCCAGGGAGCUGUGUCUACUCCAGACCACACGAGCAAGGCUGAAGAAGUGCCUGGGCUGGGGGGACCCUCCCUUCAGGCUGAGACCAGAGCCUGGUUUCAGAGAACUCAGGCACCCUGGUUCUUGGAUCAUGGGGAAGCCCCAGUCUGGUUCCAUGGCUUUAUCACUAGACGGGAGGCCGAGAGAUUGCUGGAAAACAAGCCCCCGGGCUGCUACUUGGUGCGGUUUAGCGAGAGCGCGGUAGCCUUUGUGCUGACUUACAGGAGCCACAGCUGCUACCGCCACUUCCUCCUGGCCCAGCUGCAGGAUGGGCGUCACGUGGUGCUGGGCGAGGACAGUGCCCACGAGCGGCUCCCGGACCUGCUGCGUCACUACACGCUCCGUCCGCUCAGCCCCUAUGGGGAGCACCUCACUCAGCCCUGUGUCCGCCAGACCCCUGCUCCAGCUGGUAUCUCCAUGCAGACAGAACACUCGGAAUCCAGAAUCGAGGACAGAAAUGGUGCUGCCCAGUAUAGCCCAGUCCACAAACAAGAACAAGCCCUAGGUCCUGUGAGCAAGAACAAUUCUGAGCCUAGGGAGCCAGAGGAGGUAUUAGAACUCCCCAAGCCCAAGCCCCCUGUUCCAGCCAAGCCCCAAAUACGCCCCGAGCUCUACUCUAUCCCAGCCCCAAAGGCUCCUCGCCCGGCUCCGCGCCCUGUGCCCUCUCACCCCAUCUACCAAGAGCCAGAGGAGCCCAUUGCCUUCUAUGCCAUGGGCAGAGGCAACAAGAGGGAUGGCCUUGCCAACGUCUACUCAGAGGUUGCUCCAUUGCCCCUCCAGCACCGCUUCCUUCACAAAUGCCAGUCUCGGCCCACCAGGGUGUCCCAGACUCUAGAUCCAGCAAACCCUGUCACUGGACAAGGCACUACUCCCUCUCCCCGGCACCCACCUUCCCAGGGACACACUUUCCCACGUAACCUUUCUCGGCAGAUCCCCCAGGACCGGGGGCAGGUGCAGCUCCUUCUGGGUCCUAAUAAACAUUGACUGGAAAAGUCAAGCUUUUUGGAUUGGAGAUCUCAUCCGAGUGCAGCCUCGAUCCUCUGUUGCACCAUAUAGCUACUUUCUUCUCUGCCUGGUUUAUCAUCAGUCUUCAUCAUCUCCAUCCCAGAUUCCAAGCCUUAAAAUCCAAAUCUAUAUUCAAAGCCUCUCCUCCCCUAAGAGGAAGGCUGGAGGGCUCAGAGCUGAGAGAUCUGGGAUCCCUCUGCCACCCUCUACCCACCUCCACCCAGCUCUCUCUGGAAAGGACAAGAGCCAAAGCCAUACGAACAAGUGCUCUGAAAUCCUCUGAGGUGUCCUGGUUUCUCUUCCUGAAGCCCAGCUUCCUUGGCCCCAAAGCCUCUGUGUCUGGGCCUCAGUCCAAUGCUGCUGUUUUCCAAAGGAAUGGUUUAAUGUGAACAGAUGCUGAGGUGUUGUUUGUUGGUUCUUGUCUGGCUAAUAAAUCAUCACUGAACA